AAAAUAAACAUGCCUCCCCUUCCCAAGAUGCUCCUUGUGCCCCUCCUCCUCAUUAUUCACUGCCCCUGAAGCUGGAUCCUCCUCCUCCAGGAUCUCACCCAGCACCUCCUGUACUUUCCUCAAUACCAUAGAGUUCUGGGGGAGAUAAGGGGAUUUCCCCAGCCUUCCUUCUUUCCCUCCUUCUCUCCGGCCCCCUCCACACCCUCCUCAGCAACUCAACACAUUCUUCAGAAAGAUGCAGCGUGAUGAGCAGUGACACUAACUCCGCACAGCACGGGGGGACUUCAGCCUGUACUGAGGGCAGGAGCCAGCCGACAAUCCGAGGACAGCCCGGCCAUUCACAAGCUGCAUCUGGAAAGUUCUCUGUGGAAGAGGUAGAGAAGAUUUUCCUGACAUUUGCAUGGUAAAAUGUCUGUUGGCAGGAAUCUUCUGAAGAAGCCAAACUUGGCAAGAGUUUAAAUGGUUCAAGGACAACAAUCCAUGCAGAUAUUGAUUUAUUCUGGUUCAAAGCUACACAUUCUCAUGCUUUAAUCUGAAGAUAUUGCUCAUGAAGAGGACAUACCCAGGCCUUAAUCUGUCUGAUUAAUAACUAUAGAAACCUAAUUUCUCCAUAAGAAGCCAUGACCAGUUAUUGUGAUUUUCUUACUUUUGGCCACUUAUAAGUUUGAAUCAUUUUUCAAAAACGGUUAUCAAAAAUGACAAGUCUGUUCCGUAGGAGUAACAGCAAUGGCAGUGCACGGAGCAACUCUUCUACUCAGGAACUUAACAAUAGCCGGCCUGUACGCAGGUUGGAGUUCAACCAGGCUAUGGAGGAUUUUAAAACCAUGUUUCCAAACAUGGAAUAUGACAUUAUUGAAUGUGUCUUGAGGGCCAACAAUGGAGCAGUGGAUGCUACUAUUGAUCAGUUACUACAGAUGAACCUGGACGAUGGUGGCUAUGAUGACAGUUCGGACUCAGAUGACAGCAUUCCUCCUGAGAUUCUGGAAAGAACUCUAGAACCAGACAGUUCUGAUGAGGAGGCACCUCCAGUUUAUUCACCACCAUCCUAUGACCUGCAAUCAUUUGACAGACCUCAACCACAAACCCCACCCACACCACCUCCUCGGAUUGAUGUGAUUUCAACCAGUAGCCCUCAGGUACCAAAACUGUGUAGGAACUGGAACCCACCACUCUUGGGGAACUUGCCUGAUGAUUUUCUGCGUAUUUUACCCCAGCAAAUGGACAGUGUUCAGGGUUGCCAGAGUGGACUUUCUUCAUUACAGAGUGAAGACUCCAAAAAAGAGAACCAUGGGUCUGUGGACCAGGAAAGGAAGUUGAAGCAGUAUUUGCAGGAUGAGAGGAUUGCACUCUUUUUACAGAAUGAAGAGUUCAUGAAAGAGCUUCAGAGAAACAGAGAAUUUCUGUUAGCACUUGAAAGAGAUCGUUUGAAAUAUGAGUCUAAAAAAACAAAGUCUAGCAGUGUGCCGGCAAGUAGUGAUUUUAGCUUUUGCCCUUCACUAUCAGCGGAGGAAUUCAAGGCUGUGUCUGGGUGCUGUGAUUCUAAUAAUGUUAUAUCUGAAGAUGCCUUAUUUAGGGAUAAAUUAAAACACAUGGGUAAAUCUACUAGGAAAAAGUUGUUGGAGAUAGCCCGGGCUUUUUCUGAGAAAACAAAGAUGAGGAAGUCAAAGAGAAAACAUUUGCUCAAACACCAAGUGUUGGGAACUGCAGCCUCCACAGCCAAUCUUCUGGAUGACAUUGAAGGACAUUCUUGCGAUGAAGAUGUCCAGGCAAGAAUGAAACAGCUCAAUAAUGCAGGAGAGGAAACACAAAAAUAAGGACAAUCAAAAUCUUAAAUUCCGUCAAAACCUCUUUGUGGGUCCCAAUGGCUGAUGGAAAAUAACUACAGACACAGGACAUUUGGCUACCUGUUGUGGUGCAGUCAACCCCUUGUAGAAGAUAUACUGUAUACAUGGCACAACAUUUAUAAUUACUUAUUUUAGUAUCUGCUGAGGGCAGUCAAAUCUCAGAGACAUUUUAGUAGCCAUUCUGCUUUAUUAAUUGUAUGUUUUAAAAUGGUACAAAUUGUAUACAACUUUGUUUUUAACUUUUUUUCCCCCUUUUCUUACAGGAUAAUGUCCUGUUUGUGAAAUGUUUAACAGAAAUACAGCACAGAUUUUUUUAAAGUUAUUUUUAGUAUAGAUAUUGCUAAAAUGAGUAUCUGUAUUAUGGCCUAGAUGAAAGGGCCCAAAGUAAACGCAUCUGCAGACAAUAGAUAGUGGUUGGCGGUCAUAAAAAGCUCCAGCCAUCUUGUUUUUACCUGGUGCUGAGAUAUACAUGUAUUCUAGUGUGCUAUCGGUGUGCAUUUGUUAUAAAUACUGUGUUCUGCUCAUAUUUUCACUGAUACUGGGGUCACCGGCCUUAAAUGUCCUACUGGUCAAUAAUUGUACAGCUUGAGUGCCCUUAAGUUUUCUGUGGCGGCAGUUUGUAAUCUGUUACAGCCCAGUUGUUGCCUACACCUUUCAAACCUAUGGGUAUAGGACAAGGUUCAUGGGUACCAAACUCCUCACUGUUGAUUUACACAUCUAUUCAGUAUUUAAACAUUUGCUAUAAGUGGUUUGACCUGUCCUAGAUUAGAGUUUAAUCAGCUCUUUGCCCAUUCGUUAUUAAAUCAUGUUUGUCUGUAGCAUGUCUCUGAUAACCCGUAAGAUCAAACGAAUACGUUGGGUCUAAACUCUACAUAGCUUUACAGAACUAUAUAAUUUUAAAAGACGUAGCCAGCAAGUUUGUGCUUAUGAAAAGUUAAUAAAUUGCUUUUAUUUUUAAAAGCAAUAUCCUUACAGCAAGGAAACAAUGUAGACUACACUAGACUUUAACAUGACUCUCAAAGUAGUGAUUUCAACCGUUAUUUUGUAUAGUCAUUAGAAGUUAGUCAAGGUUCCCUAGAGCAUAGAAGCAAAUCUGGAUUAUUCGUAAUAUUUCAAGUAAAAUAUUUUUGCAUAUUUAUGUUCUGGUAUUUGAAAAUAUUUUUGGAUUGCAGAUAUAGUGGCUAACAGAUUAACAGGCUACAUUUUCUAGUUUGUGAUUAAAUAGUUAUCUGGCUUUAGGAUUUUAUAUAGGGUAUUCAUAAUAUGUAAGAAAUAGCUAAUCCACCAGUAAAGACCGUUUGAAUUACUUUAAACACCCAUUUCUUCAACUAAUUCAUAGGUAUGUUCCACCUUAUCAACACUACACCACUUGGCCUGUUUAGACAGGAAAGGGCAAGUUCCUCCAUUUUGCAAAAAUACCUACAUUGGAUAAAUAUUGACCUAGUAAAAGAGUAAAAAGUACAUGGUAGUGAAUUGUAAUAUGUUUUCUAAAAUAACUACACAAAGUACAGAGAUUGCUAUUUUUUAGCCUGUAUGUGUUUUCUUAAUGAACCCCACUGCAUGGUUUGCAAAGAAGUGUGUAAUGUAGUGGGACAGGGACACCUGCUGAAAUGAAAAGGGACACCCAAUCUAACAGAGAGCAGCGUGUGCCUAGGUUUCCCUAAUGGAGAGUUCUGCUUUAGGCAGGGUUCACAUCAGUGUGGUACGUUUUUUUUCUGCAUCAUGUUUUUAUAGGCCUUUUACACACAUUUUUUGAUGUGCCGCUAUUAAAUUCUGUUCACGUUCACUUUGAUGUACUUUCAUGAAAAUGCAGGUUCUAUGAGUUUAAUGGCAGCCGCAUCUAAAAAAACACAACACAAAAACUGGACCGCACUGAUGUGAAUGGGGCUUUAAAGGGAAGGUCAGAGGAUGUGAGGAGAUAAUCGGAGAGAACAACGUAGAGAACGAAUAGCAAGGAAAACCUAUUCCUGCCCCAUGUCAGACUCGCUGUUAGCUGACAUCUUUAUCUAAAUACACAACCAACAAUUGUGUCCUUAUUUUCACUUUUUUUUUUUUUAAAUGUACAAAGCAAUUUAAAAGUAAAAAUAGAAAUCUGUAUAAAUUCCAUUGUGUUUGAGAUCCGAAAGUAACACGUGUGUUGCCUGUACAGCUGCUUGCUUGAAGAGGCUGCAUUUAGAACAUUUAUUGAAAAAUCUAAAGAUACAACCCACAGUAUAUUCACAGCUGUGACCCUUGACUCGGUUAAGUGGAUUUGAAUCGCUUUAGGAGUAUUUACAUAAACACACCUGGAUCUGAGUUUUUUUAACCAAAAGAAGUAGCUCAAUCAACAAAAGGCGCACAUUGGUAUGGUUACAUAUUUGCAAAUAAAACCCAAGACAAUGUACAGUACAUGUAUGGUGGGUUUAGUGAUAUUUACAUAUAUAACA